AUGAGCAACGCUGCCGGCCUUGAGGUCGAUGUCAUUGCCGAGGCCGACCGUCGCGCGGCUGGCUUUGACGACAAGGAGACUGUUUUUGACGAAAAGGCACAUGCCAACGUCGACGUUGACACUAUCAGCAACGAUGACGAGGUAUUCGACGACACACCCACCGAGGACGAGUUGCGCACUCUGCGCCGUGUCUCGGGAAGCAUCAAGUGGGCCAUGUACACCAUUGCCUUUGUUGAGCUUUGCGAGCGUUUCUCCUACUAUGGAUCGUCCAUCCUGUACACCAACUUUGUGAACCGACCUCUUCCUCCUGGUUCCACGACUGGUGCUGCUCCCUCUGCCGAUGGUCUUCCUGGCGCUCUGGGAAUGGGCCCCAAGGCUGCCAUGGGUAUCAGCUUGUUCAACCAGUUCUGGGCCUACAUCAUGCCUCUCCUGGGUGCCUGGGUUGCUGAUGCUCGUAUGGGUCGUUUCUGGACUCUCCACGUUGCCAUUGCCAUCUCUACCGUUGCCCACGUCAUCCUCGUCGCCGCUGCCGCCCCUGCUGUCAUUGUCAAGAAGGACAGCGCCUUUGCCGCCUUCAUCAUCGGUCUCAUCACCCUCUGCACCGGCACUGGCUUUUUCAAGGCCAACGUCUCUCCUUUACUUGCCGACCAGAAUGAAGACAGACGCAUGCGUGUCAAGGUUCUCCCUUCUGGCGAGCGUGUCAUCGUUGACCCUGCAGUGACCAACACCCGUAUCUUCCUCUACUUCUACCUCGCCAUCAACAUCGGAUCUCUUGCCGGUCAGAUCAGCAUGGUCUACGUUGAGAAGUAUGUCGGUUUCUGGCUGGCUUUCCUCAUCCCUACCGGCAUGUUCCUUCUUGCUCCCUUCGUUCUGUGGAGCCAGAAGAAGCAGUACAAGCUCACUCCUCCCACUGGUUCUCUGCUCCAAAAGUUCCUGCAGAUGUUCUGGUACGCCCGCAAGCAGUCCAAGGGCUUCAAGAUCAACUGGGAUCUUGCUCGUCCCUCGCGCAUUGCCAUUAGCGAGCGCCCCAAGUGGAUGACUUACGAUGACGCCUGGGUUGAUGAGGUCCGCCGUGGUCUGAUGGCCUGCAAGGUCUUCCUCUUCCUCCCCAUCUUCUUCUUGUCCUACAACCAGAUGACUGGUAACCUGACCAUCCAAGCCGGCACUCUUGAGCGACAUGGUGUCCCCAACGACAUUAUUCAGAACCUCAACCCCAUCUCCAUUGUUAUCAUGAUUCCUCUCAUCGAUCACCUGCUCUACCCUGGUCUUCGCAAGCUUGGCAUUGCUUUCACUCCUAUCAAGCGUAUGGCCACUGGUUUCCUGAUUGCUGCCCUUUCCAUGGUUGCCUCUGCCGUCAUGCAAUACUACAUCUACAAGAAGAGCCCUUGCGGUAACCACGCCAACGGAACAACCAUCAUUGAUGGCGAGGAAGUGCCCUGCCCUCCCGCCCCCAUCAAUGUAUGGGCCCAGUGCUUGCCCUACAUCCUGAUUGGUAUUGCCGAGAUUUUCGCCAACGUCACCUCUUACGAGUAUGCCUACUCUAAGGCCCCUGAGAACAUGAAGUCUCUGGUCAUGAGUGUCAACCUGUUCAUGAGUGCCGUUUCCGCCGCCAUUGGCGAGGCCUUCACUCCCAUGUCUGACGACCCCCUGUUGGUCUGGAACUACACCACCGUCGCCUGCAUUGCCUUUGUCGGUGGUAUUGCUUUCUGGUUCUGCUUCCGCCAUCUCGAUUCCGAGGAAGACAAGUGGAACAUGCUCAAGAAGUCCGAGUAUAUUGGCCAGAACCAACCUGGUGUUGGCAAGGCUGCCGACGAGGAUGCCUAA